AUGACUUCAGCAGAAGACCUUAAUCUUACCCCAGAACAGAUUGCUGAAUUCCGUGAAGCUUUCAACAUUUUCGAUAAGGAUGGUGAUGGCCGUAUCACAGCUAAAGAACUUGGUACAGUUAUGCGUUCUCUUGGACAGAAUCCAUCUGAAGCCGAGCUCCAAGAUAUGAUUAACGAAAUCGAUCUUGAUGGUAAUGGUACAAUUGAAUUCGAUGAAUUCCUUUAUAUGAUGAACCGUCAGAUGAAGGAAGGCGAUACAGAAGAAGAAAUUAAGGAUGCAUUCCGUGUUUUCGAUAAGGAUGGCGAUGGCAAGAUUACAGCUGCAGAGCUUGCUCAUAUCAUGAAGAACCUCGGAGAACCACUCACACAAGAAGAAGUCGAUGAAAUGAUUGCUCAAGCCGAUACAAACAAGGAUGGUAUCAUCGAUUACGGUGAAUUCGUCCACCUCAUGCUUACAUCAUAA